AUGACUAAACUCAUCACCAUCAUUGGCGCCACGGGCAUCCAGGGCGGCUCUGUCGUGGAAACGCUGCUCAAGAAUCCAGCAUAUUCCAUACGGGCCAUCACGAGGGACCGAAACGGCAAAUCCGCCCACGCUCUCGCCGACAGGGGCAUCGAGGUAGUCGAAGCAGACCUCAACAACGUGGAGUCGCUGCAUGCGGCGUUCGCGAGCAGCCAGGCCAUCUUUGCCAUGACCAACUUCUUCGACGCCCUACCCAAGCUUGGUGUCGAGAAGUGCAUGGAGAUUGAAACGCAACAGGGCAUCAACCUCGCCAACGCUGCGAGCGCCACCCAGUCCCUCGAGCACUUUGUGUGGUCCACCCUGCCCAAUUCGCAGCGAAUCAGUGGUGGUAGGGCCGUGGUCCCGUACUGGCACAGUAAAGCCAGGGUCGAUGAACACAUUAAGUCGAUCCCGAUGCUGCUCCAGAAGACGACCUUUGUCUGGUUUGGCUGGUAUGCCAAAAACAUGGAAUACCCCUGGUAUCAGCCCUCUCCCGUACACCAAGGUGGCCCAGAGAAGCAUUACAUCCAGCUGCUAGCAUCGCCAUCUUCAGUGAGAGUCCCGAUGGUGGGCGAUGAGAGGACCAACAUCGGACUCUUCGUCAAUUCGAUCCUGGAGCAGCCGGAGAUGACACUCCCUGGCAAGUAUGUCCUCGCUACGGCUGAAGACAUGUCCUUUGCGGAGAUCGUGUCUGCUUUUGCGGCUGCCAAGGGCUUGGGCGUGGUGCAGCAUGUGCGAGUUACUAGAGAGGUCUAUAUCAAGCUCUGGCCCCUUUGGGCAGACCUGAUGGAUGACACUCAUUUGUACUUUGAGCUCAUGGCGGACAAGAGCUUCAGUGGGGAGGAGGCUAUCUUGACAGUGAAGGAUCUUGGAGUCGAGGGAUUAGUCGGAAGCGCAGAGGCAUUUAAAGCACUGAAAUUGAUAGGCUAA